GACAUUCUUGUUAUUACACAUAAAUUAAGUUCCGUUUAAAAAGUUACGGACAUCGAUCUUAAUUAGAUUGUAUUAAUUCAGUUGUGAUUCUAUUUAUAUAUAGGACACCCCUGUCAUCAUUGGGUACUGCUUCUGGCACUUCCUUGUUCAAAAGUUUUAUUUAGGGAAAGGCUUGGGUGAAAAGUUGGGCACUGGUUUACAUAUCUCGACGUUGUUAUUGUCAAAUAUAAAAGGCAUGGGUCAUAUUUUUCGUACAUUUUGGCAGAACUAGCGUGCUGCUGUCGCAGUUAUCCCCAUGGCUGUUGUUAGAAGCUGGCUAACGUUGCACUGAGCGGCUCCACAAAGAGGAAGAUGUCCACGGCUAACGUUAGCGAAGAUGUCCGAGUGAAGUUCCCCCUGCAUUCCGCAGUGUGGGAGAACGACUACAGGACACUAGAAGAGCAAAUACAGUCACCACAGAAUGACAUUGAGGCCGUGGAUCCCAGAGGUAAGACACCUCUACACCUGGCUGUGUCGCUCGGGCACCUGGAGUCAGUGAGAGUCCUUCUGAGACACGGUGCUGAAGUGACUAAAGAAAACGGCAUGAAUUGGACAGUGCUUCAAGAGGCAGUCAGCACGGGAGAUCCAGAGAUGGUUCAGUUAGUGCUUCAGCGCAGAGACUACCUCAAAGCCUCCACUGCUCUCGGAGGAGUGCCUGAGCUGCUGGCAAAGAUCCGAGAGUCUCCAGACUUCUAUAUGGAAAUGAAGUGGGAAUUCACCAGUUGGAUCCCUCUUCUGUCCCGGGUUUGUCCAAGUGAUGUUUGUCGCAUUUGGAAAAGUGGCGCCAGUCUGCGAGUAGAUGCCACUCUUCUAGGCUUUGAAAACAUGACUUGGAUCAGAGGGCGCAGAAGCUACAUCUUCAGAGGGGAUGAUUCAUAUGCAGAGUUGAUGGAGGUGAACCAUGAAGAUGAAGUUGUGGACACGGAGCGCUUCAACAUAUCCCAAGAAAUCGAGGAUGUCACGCUAGAGUCAAUGCAGCCAGCUGAACAGGAAGUUGCCAAAAGAUUGACCACUCCUAUUGUCAACACCUACUUGGACACCAAGGAUAUUGCUUUCGAGAGGAUCAAGUCUGGGAUUUGGGGCUGGAGAGCUGACAAAACUGAAAUGGUCAAUGGAUUUGAAGCAAAGGUUUUCAGUGUGAACAAUGUGAGUGUGGUAAUCAGGACAAGGACCGAACAUCUCACAGACGAAGAGAAAACCAGGAUAAAAAGUGAAAGGAACAUCCUGGAGUCUCUGCUUGGGACUGUGGAGCAGCACAUUAGUGCACAAGGGGACCUGACUCUUGAGUAUGCAACAGCCACCAAUCCCACUGCCAUCACUCCAGAGGAAUACUUUGACCCUGACUUUGACCUGGGGAACAGAGACAUCGGCCGACCCAUUGAACUGAGCAUUCGAACACAGAAGUUCAAAGGUACAUUGUGGAUGAGUGAGGAGCAUCCUCUGUCCCUGGUGGAGCAGGUGACCCCCAUUAUCGACCUCAUGGCUCGGACCAGUUCCCAUUUUGCACGGCUACGAGACUUCGUAACUCUAAAGUUUCCUCCUGGAUUUCCUGUUAAAAUAGAGAUUCCCCUGUUUCAUGUGCUGAAUGCCAGGAUUACAUUUGGUAAUGUCAAUAAAUGCAGUACUGAAGAGGAGGCACACAUAACUCCAGCAGCUACACCAACAUCCUCAGGAGAAGAGGAAGAAGCUGCAGCUCUGCCUCCGUUUCAGGUGUGUCCUUCAGUGUUUGAGGUGCCCGCCAGUUACCAUCGGCGGGGAGGCAGCCGACACACACCCAUAUCCAACAACGACGAGGAGCUUUUGCAGUACGCCAUCCAUCAGAGUCUCCUGGAGUCUCGCAGAGUCCCAGGCCAGGAGGGGAUUUGGGAUGAUGCUGAUGGGGAAUUCACUGAUGUAAUGCCCAGUAGCCCGAGUGACAGGAGUAUCCCAGAGGGGGUGCUAGUGGAAUAUGGAGACACCCCCAGCUCGGUCAGCUCCCCCUCUGCCUCAAGCCCCGACUCAGAGCUCUGCCUGGCCAUGGAGCUCUCUGCACGGGCUCAAGAGGAAGAGGAUAGGCUGAGGAAGCAGGAGGAAGAGGAUCUGGAGAGGAUCUUGCAGCUAUCACUCACUGAGAAGUAAAAAAAAAAAAAUAAGAGGGAAUAAUAAUGCAACUUUUCCAGAUCCAGAAGCAACUACCACACCUCAAUUGUCCUUCCUUACCACUGUAGUCAUCUAUGCAACUGCAAGUUUCUUUCUUUAGCAGAUCAUUCUUGCACAGGCAAUAUCAGAUUCUCGCUAUCCAAUAUUUUCCAAAAGGUAUUUUUGGUAAGACCAUACUCCUUUAUAUAUUUCUAUCUUAGCAUAGUGUGUCUCCAUCCUCAACUCAUGGACAGAUCAGAUAAUUUUGGCUCAGUUCUUCUUUUUAUUUAUUUUCUAUCCAAAUGAGAGUCACAGCAGCAACCCGUGCGUGUUAAUCACAUUGUUGCCCAGAGUGGGGUCACAACGGUGUAGUUGGGGUUCUAGGAACAAAAUGACUAUUGAAAGGGGACACUCAAAUGUGGCACUUAAGGUCCAGAGCACUGUUGUUUCCCCAGGUACAUGUUUUCUCAGUUCCUGAAUUUUAGAUGGCUAGAUUAAAAACAGCUUAGCCUAAUAGAAGGCUACCAGUACUGUGGACCUAAAGGGACAGAUGUAUAGUUUUCACUGUGAGGUCUUCCUGCAGAGUCACUUUGUUGAGGACCCUGGUCUCACGGAGUAACGGAAAUCUCAGGGUUCCAAUUUUACAAAUUGUCCUAUCACUUUGGAAUUAGUUUGUAAAUCUAUGGGAAAUUGUAGCCUGGUAAAUGUUUCUUUGGUGCAAAAUGGUAUCACUCGUGCAUAUCUGCCAUAUCAAUAUUAAUUCAGAAAGUUGGGUUCAUUGAGUCAAAGGUUCACAAGUAAAUGAAUGUUCUCGUACGUUGUGAACAUACACUUUACUGAUGGCUAAACAGAAGCAUGUUAAUGUGAGAUCAGCUGCAUGGUAACGCAAUAUCUUUGCUGCAACAAGGACAGGGCUCUAACUUUCCCGGAUUGAUUUUUAUUGAACAUUUUCUCAGAUUUCAUGGUGAGAAAGGACAUAUUGUUAACGGUCACUGAGCGACUUCAAGCAUUAUCACCUCAGUUCAAAAACGCAAAUGCAGGGACCAGUAUGUCUGGAUUUACAGCCGUCAUGCAGUUAUAAAGCAGUCACAUAACCAAUGCUGCAGAGAUUAUUCAGAUUCCUAAAGGCAGUCUGUUAGCCUUUUGUAGCCACAAACAACUCUAGACCUCUGAGCAGAAGAAAGACAGCACAGACUUUUAAGAUUAAGCACGCCUGCCAUACUGUAUGUAGGAUUAGUUUCAUCAGCAUGUGCCAAGGGAUUCCUUUGCUCUGACAACGCUUGGAGGGGGCAAGAGGUAGUGAAGAUUUGAUGUGCCACUUAGACUAAAGUUUUGAACAGAUCUUUUUAUUUUAUUUUUUAUUUUGUAACUUAAAAACCAGAUGAACCGAUUUCAGUUGUACCAGGGCGAUGCUGAGUAACAUGCAUUAACCACUAUAGUUGAUUUCACUGACAACCAACCACUUAUCCAAGGUCUCUCUGCGUAGCUGCGUCUGACUUUCAGGGGCUGCAGCUUUAACACUUCUUAUUUCAUAAAGCUCCAACUUUCCAAAACUGCUAAACUGUCAAUUUAAAAAGGCAAGCUUUGGUUAAUUUAAUGCAGGUCUUUGUAAUGCACCGUUCCAGCUGCAAGGUUUUUUUUAUUUGUUAAAAUUUUAAGAAAAUGUGUCUGUUUCAAAAUGUUUGUAAAAUAAAAGCACUUUAUUUCCUUGA